AUGUCGGAGGCCAUGUGUGAUAGCGCCGAGACCAGAGCCACCACAGGCUACUCACCCGCAUUGGCAGUAAACAGGAUUGAUCGCAGGCACCGGCAGCACAGACUACUACUGCGGCCAUCCACCCACAUGCACCCUUGCUCCCCGACAAGCAAUUCACCUCACAAAACUGCGAUAGGCAGCGGAGAGGGAGGUACAGCAGGCAAGCACAAGCCAAACAGAACAGACCACAAGAUCAUUAACCGCUACACGCCACUCUCCCGGCGAACCAAGAUCCAGAGGUACCUUGCCGGGAGCCACACGCCACUCCAGGUCUGCCGCACAACGCCUACCAAGCGGCCCCAGUGGAGUCACACCACACACAGGCACCCGACCUGCAGCGGGAACGCCCGCCUUGCUGCAGCAUCCCUCACAGACAUUCAAGCACCUCCGAACGGGGGAGACAGCGGUCACUGGACUGACCUUGUGGGGCACACAGCAAGCACCAGAUGGGAACACCUUCACCCUUCCGGACUAUGA